CCUCCCAGGGAUGCCAAGGCCUGUGUGAUCCACGGCACGGACCUGAAGGACAUGACCACCGAACAGAUUGACGAGAUCCUGCACAACCACACUGAGAUCGUCUUCGCCCGCACAUCUCCGCAGCAGAAGCUGAUCAUCGUGGAAGGAUGCCAGAGACAGGGGGCCAUUGUGGCCGUCACUGGGGACGGAGUGAACGACUCUCCCGCCCUGAAGAAGGCGGACAUUGGGGUGGCCAUGGGCAUCGCUGGCUCAGACGUCUCCAAACAGGCGGCGGACAUGAUCCUGCUGGACGACAACUUCGCCUCCAUCGUCACCGGAGUGGAAGAGGGCCGCCUGAUCUUCGACAACCUGAAGAAGUCCAUCGCCUACACCUUGACCAGCAACAUCCCCGAGAUCACCCCCUUCCUGCUCUUCAUCAUGGCCAACAUCCCACUGCCCCUUGGAACCAUCACCAUCCUCUGCAUCGACUUGGGCACCGACAUGGUGCCGGCCAUCUCCUUGGCCUACGAAGCGGCCGAGAGCGACAUCAUGAAGCGCCAGCCCCGAAACCCCAAGACUGACAAACUGGUCAACGAGCGACUGAUCAGCAUGGCCUACGGGCAGAUUGGUGAGUGGUCAGCGCUGUGGACACUGUGGACCGUGUAGGGUCAAGACACCCU